ACUUAUAAUUUCAGAACACCAUUCUGGUGGACGGAACUGAUUUCACAGGUUAUGAAUUGGCUCACUCACAAUCCUGCCGGUUUAAAACUCAACGAACCUGUAAAUAGAGCUCUUGCCAGCUUUUUUCAAUAUCACAUUCAUCUAUGGAAAAGUAAGUGCAGUGAUUUUAACAUCUUUCGUUUGUUCAUUGGAAAACCGCAAAAAGUGCCUUCGUGGGUACAUUCAAUGCUACUAACGAUUUCGAUCGAUUUUCUGGUCAGUAGCGUGGAAGAACCGAGUGCACAGCACUACUUUUCCGUCCCUUACAUUGGAGAUAGUUAUCCAUACGGGUUGAAAUGGGAUCAGAUCAAACAUGAGCUGUUCUCAAGCUUUCUUGAUUCUUAA